UCUUUUCGCUUGUCGUCUCCCACACCCCGCGUCCCCGACGCCAUGCCUUCCAAGUUGGACCGGGAGGUUCUUGGAAGAGGUAGGGGUGGAGAUGCGUAAGAAGCAGAAAAGCAGAGAGGAGGAAAGCCGUGAUGCAGAGUAGCAGAGACUUAGCAGAUCUGCUUUAUCUCGUUGCACUUUGUCUGCUUUUGCCGCCAACGUUGUGGGAGGCAUGCUACUGAGGGAAGUUUUUUCAGAGAUUGUGGCUCAUGUUGUAGUUCGAACUCGCUAGGGCAAGAAAGCGGGGCCGUGAAAGUAAUGGCUUACAACAAAGAUUUAGGGCGCAAGCUUAUAGAUGUGUUUUCGGACACUGUGAGAGCCGAACGGCCUAAUCGCGAUAGCGGAUGGAAUCAGUUGAAUCCAGAUGAAGGCUAUGGGAACUCGGAGCUUCAAGGCAAGCACAAGAUAUUCUUGAGUCAUAGUGGGGCGCAGAAGAACUUCGUGGAGGAUUUGUGUGUUCAAUUGGAGAACGUCAAUCGCUUCCCAUUCUUUGAUCAACGCAUCGACAGCUUACCAUUGGGUGAGAGGUUUCCAGAUGCCAUCUUUCGAGCUGCGAAACAGUGUCAGGUGGCAGUAGCAGUCUUGUCUGAGGAAUUUUUUACGUCAAAGUGGCCUAUGCUCGAGCUGGUUGCUUUCAUGGAGGAACAGAAAUUAGGUGUAAACAAAGGGUUGAAGAUAUUGCCUCUCUUUUUCAAGAUAUCUCUAACUGAAUUGAAGGAUUCAACAAGGCGGAACAAGUGGUUCUCGUUAUGAGAAGGCUGGGCACGAGCGGAUGGAAGGAUCAAGAUUGACAGAUGGAAGUAUGCGUUGGAGGAGUUGCCAAAAUUCAAUGGUAUUGGAUAUGUCGAGCAGGGAGAAGGAGACUCAUCGUAUCGAAACAAAGUUGCAGAAGCUUUGUGCGAAUUGGUUCAGCCUGAUGUAAGGUGGGGCAAAGACGUUCAAGGGAGGUUGCGAAUUUGUCGGAGAAUACUUGCAAAAGUUGAGAAGACCUGUCCAUCCCGUAGAGAUGGGGGCCGCGUGGUGGGCUUGUAUGGUGCGGGCGGAAUCGGCAAAACAACCUUCUGUAAGGAACUACUCGAUGAGCUAGAGACGAAAUUCCAUGGCAAGGUGUGCCAUAUGGAAAUUGGCAGCCACACACAUGAAAAGUUUUUGCAGCUCCUCAUAAGAUGCCUUACAGAGACAGAUUCUAGGCGGGGGUUUGAGAACUGGGACCAUGGCCAGUGCCAAAAUUACCUGCAGAAGGAAGUGAGGAGGAAAGAAACAUUUUUGGCUAUAGAUAACGUGUCACCUGAAACAGCUACGCAAGCAAGUGUAUACCUUGAUUUUGGGUUUCAUGAGAACAGUGUGGUUCUCGUGACAGCACGUACUCGCAGCAUACUUACAUCACACCUUCAGAUUGAUGAAAGAGACUGUAUGGAGAUGCCAGAUCUUGAGAAAAACGAGGCAACGAGGCUGUUUCUCAAGCGUGUGGGACUUGGUGACGAUUCUGUUUGGAUUAAGGACCAUGACAACAUUGUCCAAAAAUGUGUUGAAGAAUGUCUUUAUAGCAAGGGUGAUGACGCUGAUCAUCACUAUCAUCCACUAUCGCUACUGGUUUUGGGUGGGCAACUGCGAAGCGUCGACCCGUCAAAAUGGCAGGAGAUCUUAGCAGAAGAACCCGACAUUAAAUUCAAUCUAUCCGGGGAAAUGCCACACCCUGUCUUCAGCAUUUUUGAAAGAAGCUAUUACAGCUUGGGUAGAGCCGAACAGCUUCUAUUUAUGGAUGUAGCCUUCUUUACACCUGAAAGAUAUCUUCACGUGGCUAAGCAUGGUCCAUAACUUGAGUGAGACUCAGGUUAUCACACGGUUGAAGCUUUUAAACACAAGAGGGAUGUUGGAGGACUUGGGUGAUGGCUCUUGCAGUAUUCGCAUGCACGAUUUAUUCCGAGAGUUUGCGAAAUGGAAAGCGAAAGCAAUGAACCUUGAUACUCAAGAAUGUUUGUACGUGACAGACAAUAUCACUGAGCUUCGGAAAGAAAGAGCCGGAAACUGCUGUCAAGAGUUGGCGAGGAUUGCUUUAAAGCUGGGCUAUGAUUUGAGAAGUUUUGCUGGAAUUCAAUGGAAGUAUUUCUCGAAUGUUGUUGUUUUGAAGCUUUUCGAGUGCGACCUCGGCGAUGAAGUCUUGGACUUGAAAUGGCUGAAGCUUCUAAAAUCUUUGGAUGUUAAUGGCUGUGAAGGCCUCACCCAACUUCCUGGGCUGCAAGAGCUGAAAGACUUGACUUAUUUGAGACUGGUUUCUGUUGAAAUAGACAUUGAAACUCUGAAUCAACUACCUGUCUCACUCAAGUAUCUACACUUGCAAGAUCUUCGGAAUCUACCAAACCUUGACCACUGUACCAAUCUGCUCGAGCUCACAGUAGAGGAAUGUCGAUCAGAAUAUCCAGAUUUAAGCAAGCUAAGUUUGAUACAAAAGAUAUACUUCUCCGGCCCUUUUUGCAAAGCACCCACUGUCAGGGGUUUGAGCUCACGUUUGUCUAAUUUACAAUCUCUAAGGGUUGUUGCAUACCACUCGGGACCUUUGAGGUGCCUAGAAGGUCUCGGUGAGUUGAUUGGCUUGCAGGAGCUUCAACUUCUUCAUGUUGAUUCCACGGAACUUCCUGACUUCCAUAGGUUUACCAACCUGAAGAAGAUGGAGGUAUUGGGUGACAGUCUCACAAGGUUGUCAGGUCUUGGAAGCCUUCCCAAGUUAGAACAGAUCAUCCUCAAGGGUUGCCGCAAUCUGAGGUGCUUGGAAAGGCUUGAGCAGCUACCCAGAUUGCAACUUCUCCAUGUUGGAGGAUGUCGCAAUUUGGCAUCUCUAGAGGUUUACAAUUGUGUAAACUUAACCAUGUGUCUCGGGUUAAGUGACCUGACUGCCCUGAAGGAAUUACAUCUAUCUAAUGUGGGUGUUAGCGAUGUCCCGGACUUAAAGGAACUCUAUCUACGCAAUGUUGGUCUUCCGUUACAUCUGGUGAAACCCAGAGUUCGAUCGAACUUUUCCAGUCUGAAGAUUCUCAAUCUGCAAGGGUGCACUGAACUGAAGAGUCUGGAGGAAAUGGGGCCUUUACCUGCAUUGCUACAACUUGAUAUUUCAUACUGCAGCAAAUUAAUGGAUGUGCCAGACUUGAGCAAAUCCCGUAAGCUUGAACUGCUUGAUUUCUCCCACUCUGCAGUGGAAUGGAUACUCCGAUACGAAGAUUUGUACACAUUGGCUUCCUUGCCUCUACUAAAGCCAGUGACCAUUAUGAAGAAGGAAUAUUCAGCUGAGGCUAAUCAGAAAAGGAAGCAAAAAAUGCUUUCCUGGCAGCCCAAGUAUUUUGGUAUGGAUUAUGAAACCUUCUAUGAUAUGAAUACUCGCUUCAUGUUCAAGAGAAUGACGGGAGAAUUCGACAAUGAUUUUCAAGAAGGAUAUUCACUGCUGCAACGGGUAGCCUCAGAGAAGAAGCCGAUCAGUGCUUGAUCAGCAAAUGGCUCUAGUUCAGAGUCAUAUAUAGUUCACAGAGCCAUAUGCAGUUCGGAUAGUCAUGUGCAGCCCAGAGUCCAGCUCAUGUAUUGUCCUUGCUGGUGUUGUAUGAUCCACCACCAUCACCAUCACCACCAAAAUUGUGAUCUUGACUGGUAAGUUUGUGAAAUUGUCAAGGUUUGAGCGUCUGGGCUGGAUUUGUGUUCCUGCAAAAUUUGAGUUUUAGGUGUUUUGAAUAGGUAAUUUUUGAAUGGAUUUAGCCCUAAAUUGGGUUGUGACGAGAUGCUUUGAAUCGUGGAGUGGAAGCGGAGAUCAGUGAAUUGUUUUUUCACGUUACGUGGCAUUGGAUGAAGGGGUGAUUGUGGAUCACCCUACUGGAUCAGUCGAGUGGUUUGUGGAUCGGGUGAUCUUGUUGGCAGUCUUGAAAUGUCGCUUGCAGAAUCAGACGACCAGACGUUGCCAUGAGGGAGCUUAGGGCAGACUCAAACAUGCUGGGUUGAAUACAACUGCUCAUGCCACUACACUUCUCUAGUGCCAACAGCUGAAUCCUGCACAAAUGCUGCGCUCUGCCCAGCUUUUUCAGGUCUGUGCACAUAGUUUCACUCUCUUGGAAUUAACUUCUUAGACCUUCUGGAGCAGCUUUAGCAGAAAUAAAUAUCAUUUUGCUGAGUUUAAAUUUAGCUGCCAUUUUUGUGCUUCAAAAAGGCACCCUGGAUGGGCCUAGGACGUGCAAUGCUUGACACUGGGAAUUACCAAUGAGCUUCAAUUAAUAGCUUGGGGGAACUCUCUCUCUUCAUGUACAAAUGCUUCUUUUUUUUUUAUAUAGAAAUGAUUCGUAUAUCAAAUUUGAUCUCUAUAGUUUAUUAUAGAAGUUCGUAGUGCCCAAAAUUUGGUAAUGAAAGACCUAUUUUUGAAUACAUGGUUCUAAUUUGGAUGA